AUGCCCAGGGGAUGCGGGGCCAUGCUGGGACGGUCUGCCAGCUCCACCUGCUGGCGUGCACCGCCUGAGACCGGGGGGCAGCACCCGGGCCCCAAACUCAACAACAAAAGCAACAGCCCCAAAUCCGAAGAGACCAUAAGGGAGAGGUCCUCGGUGAAGCUGAAGCUGAUCUGCGCCCAGGUGCUGCGGGACCUGCUGGGGGAAGCGAUGGAGUAUGAGAAGAUCCUGAAGCUGACUUCGGAUGCCAAGCUGGAGUCGGGGGAUGUGAAGGCCACCAUCGCUGUCCUCGGCUUCAUCCUCUCCAGCGCCGCCAAGCACAACGUGGACGGCGAGUCCCUGUCGAGCGAGCUGCAGCAGCUAGGGCUGCCCAAAGAGCACGCCGGAGGGUUGUGCCGGUCCUACGAGGAGAAGCAGAGCUCCCUCCAGGAGAGGCUGAGGGCCUGCAGCCUGCGAUGGGACACCUGGCAGCCGGGCCGCGGGCCCUGCGUCCUCUCCGAGUACCAGGCCUUCAGGGAGAACGUGCUGAAGAACCUGGAGGACAAGGCUUUUGACAAGCCCAUCUGCGAGGCCCUCUUAAACCAGAAGUUUUUCAACGGAAUUGGGAAUUACCUCCGUGCUGAGAUCCUGUACAGGUUGAAGAUCCCUCCCUUCGAAAAGGCUCGGACCGUGCUGGAGGCCCUGAAGGAUCAGGAGCAGACAAGGAGGAAGAAGAGUCCUUCCCUGACGCUAAGCAAGAAGCUGAAGCUGAUGCGGGAGAACCCGGAUCUCCUGGAGCUGUGCCACACUGUGCCCAUGGAGGUCAUCACGACGGAGAAAAAGCCCUUUGAGCCAGAUCACGCAGAUAACUACGCCGCUUUCAAGAACUGGCUGCAGUGUUACUUGGUGCCUGGCAUGAGUUCCCUGCGUGACCGCAAUGGCAGGACCAUAUGGUUCCAGGGAGAGCCUGGCCCCAUGGCUCCCAAAGGGCAGGCGUCCCGCAAGAAGCGCGCUCAGCUGAAGACAGAUCCCGAGGCUCUGACCCCCAAGGUCACCGCACGUGCCUCCAAAAGGCGCCCCAGGGCUGCAGUGAAACCCCCGAAGCCGGCAGAGGAGGAGCAGGAGGAGGAGGUGGCUGAAGGGCCAAGGAAGGGACGUCCUCGCAGGAGGAGGAAAGUGCCCACUGCUCCGGCCUUAUCUGAGCCUGAGGUGCCAGCCAAAGCCAAAAGAAGCCGCCGGAUGACCGCACGCAGGGGCAAAGGCGCAGCCCCUGCCGUUUGA